AUGCUGCCGGCACCGAGUCUUGUUAAAAAUCCUUCCCAGUACGACGAUACUGCGUCCGAUGUGGUCAACCUGCCGGACAUAUACCGAGCCAUUGCCCUUGAGGAGCUGCGGGAAACGCCACAAAUCAAAGAGCAAGCUCUUGCCCAACUGAGGGACUGGAUAGCCAAGCAUCCCGCCAUCAAGUCCUGCCGAACGGAUGCACGAUUCCUGUUGAAGUUUCUUCGCGUGCGAAAGUACAACCAUGUGACCGCGUGCGAGAAUCUGGAACGGUACCUUGCCUUGCGACAAUCGAUUCCUCGAUGGUUCGUGAAGUUGGACACCUUCGAGCCGUGGAUCAGUGAUGUGAUCGAAGCGAGACCGGUUCUUCCACUUGGAUACGACCAAAGUGGGAAGUUUGUGUUGCUAGCGAAGUUUGGAAACUUCGACCCGAAGAAGUACACCGAUGAACACGGGAUUAGACUUUGGACGAUGGUUUAUGACAGCUAUCAGGAGGAAGCCGAAGUCCAGAUUGCCGGUACAUCUGUGGUGUUUGAUAUGAAGGGGUUUACGAUGGCAAACUUGGCCCAAUGGCCUGUAAACGAUUUGAAAAAGUAUUUAGAUUUCUCACUGAAAACGUUACCCAUCCGUUUGAAAGCGAUUCACGUGGUAAAUGUUCCCAAGUACGUGGUGUCGUUUAUUGAGGUCAUAAUAAGUUUCUUCAACGCGAAGCAGAAAAGUCGUACCCAUUUCCACAAAUCGUUUGAUGAGUACACAAAGUGCAACGACGCAACGGUUCUGCCGAAAGAGUACGACGCCCGAGGAAGAUUUACCCUGGAAGAGUUGAAGGAUCAGCUGCGGAAACGGUUUGCUCGCUACAGAGAUGUGAUACACGCGCAGAGCACGAUGGAAAUCGAUCGAUCCAUGUGUAAGUUCUUGCGCAAGCAGAUUAGUGAAGAUGCGGAUGAUUUCGGUGCUGAGGGAAGUUUUAGAAAGAUGAAUUUGGAUUAG